ACUGUUCAUUUCGUGAAUCUUUCGCAAUUCGCUUCAGUUUGCCACGGGGGAAGGAACGUUUGUUUCGCGAUAGAAUGUUUUUUCAUGCUGCAGUUUAUAUCUAUCAUAUAUAGGCAGCUUUAGCUAGGUGGAUUAACAUGCGAAAUUAUUUAUUUUUUACACUUAGCUGUUGAUAUAUUUCCUAUGGAAAUAUGCGUGGUGUAUCAAACUUCAAUCAGAAUCUGUGUUUGGCGAUGCCGUUUGACAACUUAACUCUUUUUUAAGUUUGAAAUAAACUCACUUUUCUGGCUUGAUAUAAUUGUUAAAAGGGUCCAUAAAUUAUACGCCAAUUGAAAUCUACUUCAAAUGGAUUGAUUUUUUCUCUUGAUCAAGGAAUUUUGUUCGUUUUCAUUAAAAUCUUGAUAAAACUAUUUUCAAAAGUGGAAGAAGAUAUUAAAUUAAACAUUUACGAUCAUAUUUGGCUGUCAAUGUAACAAUAAUCGAGCACAAGAAUUGUGUAAUAUCUAUUAUACAUGAAUGGUUGGAGAUUUGCCAGACAUCGUCGGAGAAGGAUCGAUUUCAGAUCUAGGAGAUCUAAAAGGAUGGUGGAAUAAUCACGCUAUAGUAGCCUGGAGCUUUGUCCUUUUCGGCUGUUUCUUACUAAAUGUCACGCUUCUAUUGGCAUUCCUUAUACGUCCGUCAUUACGGACUAUUUCCAACAGGUUUGUCAUGAAUCUAACAGUGUCGAACCUGUUGGUAUGCGCCAUCAUGAAUCCAUUGUUAAUUAUGGACGCUGCCUCGACGUCGUCCAAUUCUUUCAUAGUCGAAUCUCAAUCCAUUGGAAGUAUUUGCGCGAUAUCAGAAGGUGGCGUGGCUGUUGUUACCACAUCCUCGGUCUUUUCAGUCCUAUUGAUCGCCGUGGAUCAAUAUUUUGCCGUGGUAGAUCCUCUACGUUACCGAGCUCGCGUGGACAAACUGAAAUCUGGAAUAUUGAUUAUAUCAACCUGGUUCAUCUCUAUAAUUUUUGGCUUCCUCGCAUUUUUCAAUCCAAACCCUCGAAGUUUCUGGCAAUCUUGCAUAUUCAGGAACAAAAAUUUGUCUUCCAAUAUUUCCUUCGAUUUCCCAAACACAGAAUCAACAGUUACCAUAUUGGAUAACAACACCAACGAUCUGAAUGGAAUUUCUGAAAUAAUGGAAACUGUCAAAUCUAUCACACUCGACGAAAAUAUGGAUCUCAUAGAGAACACUACUACUACUACUACUGUGAUCUUUGAUACGCUUACAAAUGAUACAAUUACUUACGGCUUUGUCUACGCUAUCGUGUACAGUAUAUUCGCCUAUUUCAUCCCAUUUGUUGCUGUUUGCUGGAUUUAUGUUAGCAUCUACGUGGCUGCGCAUAGAAAUUCGGAAAGGACUAGAAAAAGUGGAUCUAGGCCUAUAUUAUCGUCGUCCAGUUUCACGGAAGAUCAAAAUGGUCCACCUAGGCUUCAACGUCUUCAGACGGAUACCGUUGAGGAUUUUCGCAAGUUGCCGAAGAUAUCGAGUUUAUCGUCGAUAGAUGAGACGAGCGAAACUAUGCAACCGACUGGUCAAUUAUCUCGAAGACGAUCAUUCUCAUCUUCCAUGGAUAUAGAAGAAUCUUCUCCUCCUUUAGAGGACAAGGCAUCCUCGGGCAUUGUCUUCACGGUCAAUUUACAAAGCGUUGAGGUGACUCGAUUUACGAAUGAUGAAAAAAAUUGUAAGAAUGAUAAUUUGUACGGUGAUUUAGUAAUUGAAGGAAAAAUUGAUCAAAAUAAGUAUCGGGAGCAAUCUGAAAGAAAUGACAAAUCAUUGAAAGAAGAUGAACAAGUGACGGAUAAUUGGAUGUCAAGAAGUUUGGAUCUCGAGGAAAGCAAUGAAACUGAAAACGAAGUUCGUUUCGAUUAUUUUGAUAAUUUGAACAAAAUUCAUGAUAAAAAAUUGCCCUUAGCUCUUUGCGAUGACAAUUCAUUGAAAAUUUUUCAAAUGGAAGGAGAAGAAAGUUUAAAUGAUGAAGUCAAGCAAAACGAGCUAAAAGUAAUUCAUGAAAUUAGUGAUCAAAGGGAGGAACAUAUAUUGCAAGUAGACGAUGACUUGACAAAUCAAUUAUCAAACCAAGGAGAUUCUAAAAUAUCAGCGAGUCCUUCAGAGGUGAGAUCAAACCGUAGAUUAUCUACGUUCUUUAAUACAGAAGACACUUUGCAGAACACAUGUGAAGAUAGUACCAAGACUGAGAAAGAUAAUAACGGUAGCAAUGUUAUUAUAGAAUCGUCCUCGUGUCUGCUGACGCCAAUAGUGACGAUUACACCGGCUCCAAGUAAAAACGAUAGCUUGCAUCGCGUGUCAAGCGUGAGGAGUACCUCGAGCUACAUAAAUUCGUUGAAAGACCGGAUAAGCAAUGGUUCUAUAUUUAGGCACAGAGAAGAGACCAGAGCAGCACGAAUAAGCGCUCUGGUGAUCGUGAUGGGUCUGACCUGUUGGUCGCCAUAUGUAAUAUUGUUGGUAAUGAAAAAUCUACCUCGAUACACUGACCAACAUUUGUCUCACAAAUACGACAUACUGGCCUCCAGUUUCUUCAUUCUGGCCGCCUAUAUUAGUCCAUUGUUAUUCGGAUAUCGUUCAAAACGAGUGAAGCGUGAAUUGAGGAGGUUCUUCUGCUUCAGGAGAGAACUGUCCUAUAAAAAUAAUCGAAGCUUGAUGGCUAAAAAAGUGUUGAAAAGACGGCAUAGUAGUAAUCUUAGUCAUUUCGAGGUAGAUCAUAAAUACAAUAUAUUUAAUUGUAUGUAUGGAAGGAACCGAUGGCCGAAGGAAAAGGUUCAAUUUGUUCAAGUACCGGACACGGCGUUGGUUGUAGAAACUUGUAGGAGCAGUUUCUCCAGCGGAGCAAGUACUCAGAUUUCGAGCACUUCGACGGAGGAAUGUUGACGCGUAUCCAUGACGUUCCUAAGAGUUUGAUGUUCGUUUGAAAAGUAGUUUUUUAGUAAUAUAGUCUUUUAUAAAGUACUUAAUACGCAAUUAUAAUUAUAUAUCUUUUUAAAAUUGUUUUUUUUUUUGUGAAAGAAUUUCAGAUAAGAUGUUGGUAGAUAGAGACUGAACGAAAAGCAUUAAUUGUAUAUGGUUAAAGAAAAUGGUCAAAUAAUUUAAAAAUAUAUAGAGUUCGUUAAAUAAUUUUCUAGAAAGAUAAAAAUCAUUAUUAGAGAAAACGGGCAAAAUGAAAAUUUUGAGAAAAGUGAUAGCUAUAAUAGACAUUUUUAUUUUGUUUAUUUUAAUGUAUACUAUAUAUUUUCAAAUUAUUUGACUUAUUUUUUUAGAUCUUGCAAUAUUGAUUAUACGAGAUAAUGUUUUAAUAAUUCCUCUAACAAAUUUUUAAAUAAUCACAAUAAGACAAGAAAUAUGUCAAGGAUCGUGAAUUAUGAAAUACACAGAUAAAUUUGUGUAAGACAAACUGUUAUGUUUGUUUUAUUUCAUUUUUAAGAUGAGAUAUCAUUAGUAUUAUGUAUAUGUAUAAGUUAUUUGAUAUGUACGUAACAUUUAAUUACGUAAUUUAUAGAAUUAAAUUAAUAAUAUUAUCAAUGAGGCUGUAUCAAAGAUAAAUAGAUUCUUUUUUUAUUCAAGUGGUGACAUAUUUUUCACCACAACAUCUAUAAAAUAAUACAUGCAAUUUCAUGCAUCAUUGUGUUCGCAUAAACAUAUAAUUACUAGAAUAUAAUAAUAGUUAUAAUAGAAAUAAUGCUUAUAAACUACAAUAGAGGCCAUAAGUAUUGAUUGAUCUAGUCGAUUUAGAAUCUACUAGGAUAACAGUAUAAUAAGUUCCAAGUCUCUUUAUUCCUCCAUUAACUGAAUUCAUUUGUUUUCUUUAUCCAAUUGUAAAUAGAUUAUUAUUUAUUUGUUAUAAACUUUUUGCUUAUUUAUAUAUAUAAGUUAUAUAUAUAAGUCAUAAUAGAUAUCUAACAAUAAUUUUCGUCCACAUUAAAUUUACAAUAACAUAUUUAAAAUUUGAAAUUUCUUUAUAAUCUUAAAAUCACAUUAUAACUUGACUCAAUACGAUUGGUUUAAACAAUAUUUAUGAACUUCAGUAUAAUAUGCAUGAGUGUAAAAAAUAUACUUGUGGUCUCUACUUGAUUAUUGGAUCACAUAAUUGAAUUAUUUCACACCAAUAUAUGAUGAAUACGUGAUGACAAUAUUAUCACGUGAGUUAUAUCAUGCGAUGCGCAAAAUAUUACAUUACUUUUGCGCAUUAAAUAACAUUUUGUGUGAAAUAUUUGGCACGAUUUAAUGGGGAACUAUUCAACGACACUUAAGCGUAUAACACUUGAACUAUUUAUUAUUGAUAAAUUUUUCAAAGUAUUUUCAUAAAUAAAUAUAUGUAUAUAAAACAUAUAUACAUACACAUCUUUAAAUAUAUUAUACAAACAAUAAUAAUAAUAUUUCAUAAAUCUAUCGAGCCUUGAAGUAUCAAGGAUAGUUUACCGACUAUUUUGUACAUUACAAAUAAAAGAUCUUUUUUAUUUAUAUUAAAUAAUUUGUACAUAAAAAAAUAGUAUAAUGAUAAAUCUAUCAUAUACCGCAUAUUACACGGAUGGUUCUUCGUGUGUAUAUGUUCGAACUUGUAUUUUUGUAUGAAAACACAUAAACAUAUGUAUAUUUAACAAGUUGUUUUUUAAUAAUAUAACAAUAAAUAAAAAUUUAUUUUGGACUUC